GUAUAAUCAAUCAAAAGCUGGAACAAGAAAAGCACAACAAGGGUCUGAGUCUGGAUCCUCAAAGGAAUCACCAUUAUCAUCCCAACCAAAACCAAAACCAAGAUUCAUCUUUAAGACAUGGAGUAGAAGAGGGAAAACUAGAAGAAGAAAGCCAAGACCCUUUAGAAAAAGAACCCCAAUUUUACCUCUAUCCUCAACAACAAGCAUUUUUCCCACACCAUCAUCAGCUGCUGCCACCACAACCCCAGCCUCCCAAGAAACGUUCAUACUUCCCUUCAUUGGAGCAAAACGUCGAACAUGCAACAGUGGGAGAAAAAAUGGGAGACAGUCAACACCAAAAUCACCGAACCACAUCAAGAUUGGGCUUAAGGAGCACUGUAGGCGAGAUAGUAGAAGUUCAAGGUGGUCACAUUGUAAGGUCUACAGGGCGCAAAGACCGCCACAGCAAGGUUUGCACAGCCAAAGGCCCAAGGGACCGCCGUGUACGCCUCUCUGCUCAUACUGCUAUUCAGUUCUACGAUGUCCAAGACCGCCUUGGCUAUGACCGUCCUAGUAAAGCUGUGGAUUGGCUCAUCAAAAAGGCUAAACCCGCCAUUGAUGAACUAGCUGAGUUACCCGCCUGGAAACCCACACUUGGUUCUGUUUCUGUAUCUGCAUCUGCUGCAAACACUAGUAAUCUUGAACAAGACCAAUCUCAAGAUGAGAACUUUACAUUCCACCAAGAAAAUGCUACUACUAGUUUGUUUGAUAAUGCUGCUGGCCCUUCUAAUAAAAGGGCAAUGGCAACUCUGCGGAAUGAAACCAAUACUAGUGGUAGCUUUCUGCCUCCAUCUUUAGAAUCUGAUGCUAUUGCUGAUACUAUUAAGUCCUUUUUCCCAAUGGGUUCUUCUACAGCAACAAACUCUUCACCUAUGCAGUUUCAGAGCUUCCACCAAGAGACUAACAAUAUGUUGUCAAGAACCAGUAGCCAGAACCAAGAUUUGAGGCUCUCUUUACAAUUUCAAGAUCCUAUUUUGCUGCACCACCAAAACCAGCAAGCUCAACACCAGCACCAACACCAACACCAAACCAACAAUCACAGGGAAGAGCUUCAAGCACAAGUAGGCCACUUUACCCCACUUGGGUUUGACAGCUCAGCCUGCUGGUCGUCUAUGCAUCAGCAGCAGCAACCAGUUGGGAGGGUGCAAAGACUUGCUUCUUGGAAUGAUAAUAGAGACACUACUGCCCAAGGUGGUGGGUACUUGUUCAAUUCACAACCAGGGCAGCCGCCGCUGCUGCAGCAGCUAUUUGGCGGCCAAAAUCAGUUUUAUACACAGAGGGGACCCCUUCAGUCCAGUAACACACCUUCGGUUCGAGCAUGGAUUGACCCAACAUCAUCCGCCAUUGCAAUUGCCUCAGCUGAUCAAGCAGUAUUACCCAUGUAUCAUCAUCCAUCCACAAUUCCUCCUGGUUAUGGAUUUGCCUCUGAAAUAGGCGGAUUCUCUGGGUUUCGUAUUCCUGCUCGAAUCCAAGGUGAAGAAGAGGAGCACGAUGGUAUAUCCGAUAAGCCAUCCUCUGCUUCCUCUGAUUCUCGCCAUUGAGUUUGGCUCCAGCAAAAUUCUUUCUUUAUCCACUGACAGGAAUUUUCUCCACUUGAAUGAAAUUGGAAACAUACAGAAGUCAUGCUGUAAGAGAGCCUGGAGCUGAGAGAGUUCAUUAUCGAGUCUGAUUCAAUGGCAAAUGCACCGUGUCGAAAUGAAUCCUGAUCAUAUUUUCAGGUGGUUCUUCGAUUUGGUCUAAUAUUAUUAGUUAUUAAAAUGUUCUUGCUUUCCGUUGUUGUGUAAUAGAGCUUUUCAAGCUCAACUGCUACUCUAGGAGUGAUAUGUGUUUAAACUUUUCAUGUUGCUGCUGUUUGCUUUUAUUUCAUGAAUUAAAGACUUUCAAGCUAGAAUUGGUAAUGUUCUAUUAACUAUUUUCAA